ACUUUUCCUGCACUAAGUUAAUGUGUCUUGUGAACAGCUGGGAAAAGGCACAUAGUGACGGCGGAUUCGCUCCACAGUUACUUGUUUGCGUCCUGCAUGUUUGGAGAUGUGUUUAGCGCUUUCGAAUAUGCAAUUAAUAAAAUGAACACUUCAACCUCUGGACAGCGCAGGUGGCUUUAGCUCAUCUGUUGGAAGGCAGUCAAAGCUUCUGUUUCUGAAGAGGAACAGUUGACUUUGUUCACUUUUUGGUGGAAAAUAUUUGUGGCUAAAUCUACAGAAAUUGCGCGGAAGCCGUGGAUCUUUACUAUGACAGAAUGGGUCCGCUAGCGCACAUCUUGCUUUGUGGAUUAUUACUCUUUCAAGUCCAUGGAUCCCGUCUCCGCCAGGAAGACUCCCCUCCCCGGAUAGUGGAGCACCCCUCCGACCUGAUCGUGUCCAAGGGCGAGCCGGCCACCCUCAACUGCAAGGCGGAGGGCCGGCCCAGCCCCACGGUGGAGUGGUACAAGGACGGCGAGCGCGUGGAGACCGACAAGGACGACCCCCGCUCCCACCGCAUGCUGCUGCCCAGCGGAUCGCUCUUCUUCCUGCGCAUCGUCCACGGCCGCCGCAGCAAGCCCGACGAGGGCGCCUACGUCUGCGUGGCGCGGAACUACCUGGGCGAGGCCGUCAGCCGCAACGCGUCCCUGGAAGUAGCCUUGCUAAGAGAUGACUUCAGGCAGAACCCCACAGACGUGGUGGUGGCGGCGGGAGAGCCAGCCAUCCUGGAGUGUGUCCCUCCGCGAGGACACCCAGAGCCCACCAUCUUCUGGAAGAAGGACAAAGUGCGCAUUGACGAGAAGGACGACAGGAUAAAGAUUCGAGGAGGGAAGCUGAUGAUCUCUAACACCCGUAAGAACGAUGCUGGCAUGUACGUGUGUGUGGGCACCAACAUGGUGGGCGAGAGGGACAGCGAGACCGCCCAGCUCACUGUGUUUGAACGGCCCACGUUCCUGCGGCGUCCUAUCAACCAGGUGGUUCUGGAGGAGGAGUCUGUGGAGUUCCGCUGCCAGGUGCAGGGAGACCCGCAGCCCUCCGUACGCUGGAGGAAGGACGACGUCGACAUCCCCCGCGGCAGGUACGACGUGCGGUUCGACAAGGACGACUACCUGCUCCGGAUCAAGAAGGCGUCGGCGGGUGACGAGGGCACCUUCACCUGCGUGGCGGAGAACCGCGUGGGCAAGCUGGAGGCGUCUGCCACGCUCACCGUGAGGGCUCGCCCCGUAGCUCCGCCCCAGUUUGUGAUCCGGCCGCGGGACCAGAUUGUGGCCCAGGGCCGUACCGCCACCUUCCCCUGCGAGACCAAAGGCAACCCCCAACCAGCCGUCUUCUGGCAGAAGGAAGGGAGCCAGAACCUGCUGUUCCCCAACCAGCCGCAGCAGCCCGACAGUCGCUUCUCGGUGUCGCCGGACGGGGACCUGACCAUCUCGGCGGUGACGCGGGCCGACGCCGGCUACUACAUCUGCCAGGCGCUCACCGUGGCCGGCAGCAUCCUGGCCAAGGCCCAGCUGGAGGUCACAGACGUCCUGACGGACAGGCCCCCACCCAUCAUCCGGCAGGGUCCGGCCAACCAGACGCUGGGCGUGGACACCGUGGCGCUGCUCAAGUGCCAGGCGUCGGGGGACCCCAUCCCCAACAUCAGCUGGCUGAAGGACGGGGUGAGCCUGCUGGGGAAGGACCCGCGCAUGUCCCUGCAGGAGCUGGGCAGCCUCCAGAUCAAGAACAUCCGGCUGUCAGACUCUGGCAUUUAUACGUGUGUGGCGGCCAGCUCCAGUGGAGAGACAUCAUGGAGUGCUUUCCUUGAAGUCAAAGAAGGCGGAGGGCAACUGGUUGUCAAGAACCAGGAUGAGAACGAGCUGCCGGGCCCGCCGUCCAAGCCCCAGGUCACGGACGUCACCAAGAACAGCGUGUCCCUGUCCUGGCAGCCUGGUCUGGCUGGGGGGUCUCCGGUGUCAUCCUACGUCAUUGAGGCCUUCAGCCAAUCGGUGAGCAACAGCUGGCAGACGGUGGCCGACCAUGUGAAGACGACCCAGUUCACGGUGAAGAGCCUGAGGCCCAACACCAUCUAUCUCUUCAUGGUGCGCGCCGUCAAUAACUUUGGCCUGAGCGACCCCAGUCCCAUGUCGGAACCCGUUCGCACACAAGACAUUAGUCCACCAUCCCAGGGUGUUGACCAUCGACACGUCCAGAAGGAACUGGGUGAGGUCAUUGUGCGGCUCCACAACCCAGAAGUCCUUAGCCCCACCACCAUACAGGUCACAUGGACGGUGGACCGCCAGUCACAGUACAUCCAGGGCUACCGAAUUCUGUACAGGCAGACGUCGGGACUGUCCUCCCCGGGGCCUUGGCAGAGCCAGGAUGUGAAGGUCCCCUCGGAGCGCAGCGUGGUGCUGGCCCAGCUCAGGAAGGGGAUCGUCUACGAGAUCAAAGUCCGGCCCUACUUCAACGAGUUCCAGGGCAUGGACAGCGAAUCCAGGACGGCGCGCACCACAGAAGAAGCCCCCAGUGCACCCCCCCAGCAGGUGACGGUUCAGAUGGUGGGGAGCCAGAACAGCACCUCCAUCAGCAUCUCCUGGGACCCCCCUCCCCCCGACCACCAGAACGGCAUCAUCCAGGAGUACAAAAUCUGGUGUUUGGGGAACGAGACACGCUUCCACGUGAACAAGACGGUGGAUGCUGCCAUCCGCUCGGUGGUGGUGGGUGGUCUUCAUCAGGGUGUCACCUACCGGGUGGAGGUGGCCGCCAGCACCGGUGCCGGGGUGGGGGUUCACAGUAGCCCCCAACCCAUCGACAUCGGUCGAGACAGCCGGGACCCGGUGAUCGUGCCGGGCCGGAACAACAGCAUCACGGAGCAGAUCACGGACGUGGUGAAGCAGCCGGCCUUCAUCGCAGGCAUCGGAGGAGCCUGCUGGGUCAUCCUCAUGGGAUUCAGCAUCUGGCUGUACUGGAGGAGGAAGAAGAGGAAGGGGCUCAGCAACUACGCAGUCACAUUCCAGAGAGUCGACGGGGGACUUCUGAGCAAUGGAAGCCGCCCUGGUCUCCUGAACCCCAGUGAUCCGGGCUACCCCUGGUUGGCUGACUCCUGGCCCGCCACCAGCCUGCCGGUGAACAGCGGCUCCGGGGGACCCAACGACCUGGGCAACUUCAGCCGCGGAGAAAACUCGGGGCCGGGUGACAAGACGGGCACCAUGCUGUCGGACGGCGCCAUCUACAGCAGCAUCGACUUCACCACCAAGGCCAGCUUCAACAGCCCCGGGCAGGCCUCGCAGGCCACGCCCUACGCCACCACCCAGAUCCUGCACUCCAACAGCAUCCACGAGCUGGCCGUGGACCUGCCCGACGGCGGCCAGUGGAAGACCUCGCUCCAGGCCAAGCAGGAGAUGGCCAACCUGGGCUACUCGCUGCCCGACAAGAACUCCUGCAACAACACACUGCUUUUCAUGCCUGACUACCGAUUGGCUGACGGACUGUCUAAUAGAAUGCCACACAACCAAUCACAAGAUUUCAGCACCACCAGCUCUCACAACAGUGGCGGCAGCGGCAGCCUGUCAGGUGGUAAAGGAGGGAAGAAAAAGAAGGGCAAGGUGGGUGCCAAGCCCCCCAAAGCCAAUGGCUCCAACUGGGCCAACGUUCCUCUGCCCCCUCCCCCGAUCCACCCCUUGCCAGGCACCGACAUGGACCACUACCCUGGGGAGCACCAUGAAGGAGGAGGUUAUGAGAGCGACGGCUGGGGCCCGCCUCUGCCCGUGCAGACCUACCUGCACCAGGGCAUGGAGGACGAGUUGGAGGAGGAGGAGGAGCGCGUGCCCACUCCGCCCGUGCGGGGCGUGGCUUCGUCGCCCGCCGCCGUGUCGUUCGGGCAGCAGUCGACGGCCACGCUGACGCCAUCGCCCCGCGGCGACGAGAUGCAGCCCAUGCUGCAGGCCCACCUGGACGAGAUCAGCCGCGCCUACCAGAUCGACAUGGCCAAGCAGACGUGGCAUAUGCAGGGCAGCCCGUAUCCUCCUCAGGCCCCCGCGCCCCCGGUGGGCUACGUGUCCAGCACAUUGGUGUCUGACCUGGAGACCGACAUCCCGGACGAGGACGAGGACGAGGAAGAGGAGGAGGAGGAGGAGGGGGGCUACGAGAUGGGCCGGCCCAUGAGGGGCAUGGAGCACACCCCAGGCUCCAGCAUGGACAACCUGGACAGCUCCGUCACAGGCUCCAUGGUGAACGGCUGGGGCUCGGCCUCCGAGGAGGAGGAGGACGAUGGCCGCCACUUCUCCAGCAGCCGCCGGUCGAGCGUGGGCAGCUCGUCCGACGGCUCCCUCUUCGCCCAGUGCAGCUUCGCCCAGGCCCUGGUGGUCGCCGCCCACAAGGGCGGCUACCGGCUGCACGGCACCAGCCUGACCAAGCCAGGUAAGAGCCUGAGCCAUCGGGGGCGACCCAGCAGCCCCUUCUCCACCGACGGCAGCACGGUGGGCACACACAGCCUGGGGCACCAGAGGGCCGCCCGCCCCACCAGGAAACACAGAGGCCUGGGCACGGUGCCCCACCGCCGAGAUGCCAGCGCCGACGACCUACCUCCACCCCCGGAGCCUCCUCCCUGCCAGGGCGUCGGUGUUGGUGGUGGCGGUGGCAGUGGAGCAGGGCGGAUGCAGGGGACGCGUAGCGUGGGCAGCGUGGGCAGUCCUGCGGAGCGCAAGGCGGCCUCCCUGGAGCGGCAGCAGAUGUCGGGCAUGGGGGGGGUGGGCAUGGAGGAGGUGAAGAGCUCGCUGGAGCGGCCCUCGCGCACCUCCCUGGAGCGACACUGGCAGGCCCAGGCACAGGCACAGGAGCGGCUCGGAUCCGCCGAGCGCGCCCAGAAAAACGGCCCCGUCACAGAAGAAGCCAUGCCACCCUACAGCAAGCCGUCCUUCCCGUCCCCCGGGGCCCACAGUUCCUCGGGCACGGGCUCCUCCAAGAGCUCGACGGGGCCCCGCAAGGGCGACGGCCAGAGGGGCCAGCAGCAGCAGCAGCAGCAGCAGAGGGGCUUCAAUGGCGAACACUCAGCCGAAGACUUCAUGGGGACCAAUGGCCAGUCACAAUACUCUGGGGAAUUAUAGUGACUUGAGGAUGGCUGAAGCAGGACCGUGUCAUGUUGGUCCAUCCCUGGUCCCAUCUCCAGCCCUGCUUUCUGUGGGAAAUACUAUGGGAUUUUCAUCCUUUAUUGAAUCUCACAAGAAGAAAGAGGAGAAGAUGAUGAAGAUGACAUCAAUGGAGAAACAUUGUGGCAAAUCUGUAAAUGUCCAUGUAAAGACAGACCACACAACCUUGAUUUGACAUUUUUAUCCUUUCAAGAAGUUAUCUCCCACCUUCCACCUUAAAAAAAGACUUUUUUGUGUGAAGACUAAAAAAAAAAGAAAUAGAGAUCGGAGCGGAUGCAUUAAGAUUGCUUAAUGACGGAAAGAAAAAGGGAUAUGUCUCUUGUAAAUAUGUUCUUAACAUUGUUUUUGCAUUGCUAUGCAAGCCAUUUUCGGUUCAACCUUUUAUUUUUAUUUUUUUGGUUUGGUUCCCAAUUUCUCAUACUGUUGGGUUCUAUCAGAUUACCUGUACUAUAUGUGAAUGGAAAGGCUGUCGUGCCAUAAAGUAAUUAUUUUAUGAUCCUUCACCUGUUAAUACCUAUCAUUGAUUAAUUAAUUGUUGUUAUGAUGACUAUUAUUAAUAAUUAUUAUUAUUUUUUGCACUGCAAUUUUGGUGAUAAGCACAAAAAAAGCAUAGCUCCUGCUGACAUGAAGAAGCUGAAAGGGGUGAGAUUUCUGUACUGUAAACUAAGAGUUAAGAAAAUAUAUAGCAGUGUACAGAGAGAUAUUAAAGAUAGUCACAGCCUUUUGGGUCACGAUGUGGGGGAUGGAGGCGAGACUGAACACAGCAAACAGGAGCUGGCCCGGUGUGUGUUUGUAAGUCUGUCUGUCUGUGGGUCGGUCUGGCGGUCUGUCUGUCAGUCAGUCAGUCAGUCGAUCUGUGUGUGAUUGAGGUCAGGUUUUACCUGCUGACAGGGGAGGAUUAGUCAGUGUUAGAUGGUGUGUGUGUGUGCGUGUGCGUGUGUGCGUGGGCGUGCGUGCGUGCAUGCGUGCGUGCGUGCAUGCUUACUGGGCCAGCACUGGAACAGACCUGAGGAGGACUAGAUGGGCCUCCAGAGGAUCUGAGCAGUGACACAUCUAACGAUGGAUGGCCUGGAUGUUAGUGUGUUUGUGCUCUCCACGGAUUAACAAGUGGUCAAAAUAGAAACAUCCCCCACCAACCCAAUCCUCAACCCA